AUGGCGAGGGCAUUGACUCUGUUGUUACAGGGUGUAAUGGCGAGGGCAUUGACAGGGUGUAAUGACGAGGGCAUUGACUCUGUUGUUACAGAUUGUAGUGGCGGGGGCAUUGACUCUGUUGUUACAGGGUGUAAUGGCGAGGGCAUUGACUCUUUUGUUAAAGGGUAUAAUGGCGAGGGCAGUGACUCUGUUGUUACAGGGUGUAAUGGCGAGGGCAUUGACUCUGUUGUUACAGGGUGUAAUGGCGAGGGCAUUGACUCUUUUGUUACAGGGUAUAAUGGCGAGGGCAGUGACUCUGUUGUUACAAGGUGUAAUGGUGAGGGCAUUGACUCUGUUGUUACAAUGUGUAAUAGCGAGGGCAUUGACUCGUGUUACAAGGGUGUAAUUGGCGAGGGCAUUGACUCUUUUGUUACAGGGUGUAAUGGUGAGGUCAUUGACUCUGUUGUCACAGGGUGUAAUGGUGAGGGCAUUGACUCUGUUGUUACAAGGUGUAAUGGCGAGUGCAUUGACUCUGUUGUUACAGGGUGUAAUGGCGAGGGCAUUGACGCUGUUGUUACAGAGUGUAAUGUUGUGGGCAUUGCCUCUGUUGUUACAGGGUGUAAUGGUGAGGGCAUUGACUCUGUUGUUACAAGGUAUAAUGGCGAGGGCAUUGCCUCUGUUGUUACAGGGUGUAAUGGCGAGGGCAUUGACUCUGUUGUUACAGGGCGUAAUGGCGAGGGCAUUGACUCUGUUGUUACAGAGUGUAAUGUUGUGGGCAUUGACUCUGUUGUUACAAGGUGUAAUGGCGAGUGCAUUGACUCUGUUGUUACAGGGUGUAAUGGCGAGGGCAUUGACUCUGUUGUUACAGAGUGUAAUGUUGUGGGCAUUGCCUCUGUUGUUACAAGGUGUAAUGGCGAGGGCAUUGACUCGUGUUACAAGGGUGUAAUGGCGAGGGCAUUGACAGGGCGUAAUGACGAGGGCAUUGACUCUGGUGUUACAAUGUGUAAUAGCGAGGGCAUUGACUCUGUUGUCACAGGGUGUAAUGGUGAGGGCAUAGACUGCUAG